UCGACAGGUUUCAAUGACAAUCCUGGUCUACAUGCAAGCUCUUAUAACAUGGACUGGAUGAAGGAGAUACCUGAUGAUACACCAAUAUCUGCCAUCUCCAUUCCUGGAACACAUGAAAGCUUAACAUUAUAUGGGCCACCUCUUACUAAAUGUCAGAUUUGGACUUUGAAACAGCAACUUUAUGUGGGAAUACGGUAUUUUGAUGUGCAUGCUGGGAUUUGGUUUCCUACCGAAAAACUAAUUUAUAUACGAGAUAGUCACUGGAUGUAUUGGCAACAUAUGCAAUUUGAUGAGGUUCUCAGUGACAUUCUUAAAUUCUUGAAAGACCAUAAUGAUGAGACAGUGCUUUUAAAAAUGACUUUACAUGGGCUGUACAAGGGAAAAGUUGUGCAGUUGCUAAAUAAUUUAAUUGGGAAGCACAAAAAAAGAAUAUGGACAGAAUCAUCAGUACCAGAAAUGAAGAAGGCAAGGAACAAAGUAGUUUUUCUCUGGAGCGACACGUUCCAUGUUGGAAUAAAAAACCAUGAAUCAUCUUUAUUUAUACAUAACAAAUUAAAAAAUAUUGAAAAAGGAAUUAAACAGAUGAAGUCGCAUAUCUGUGAUCAUCACAUUGUCUUGACUGACACCACCACCUCAAUUUUUACAAACCCUAAAACAUUGGCUAGAAAGGUGAACAUGGAGCUUAGUAACCUGGUCAUGCAAAAAAAACAAAUCUCAACCCAAGGUUGCUUUGGUAUUUUAAGCUUAAACUUUCCCAGCGCUGAUCUCAUUAAAAACAUUAUUCAACUCAAACCAUGUGACUGUGAAGAAACGACAAAGACUGCGCCAGAAUCACAAGAUUCAUUGCCAACCCCAGGAACUGGGCAGGAUUCAGAUCAAAAAUCAGAACCAACGUCUGCACCAGAAUCACCAGAAAAUGUGCAACAUUCACAACUAACACUUGCAACGGAAUCACCAAAUUCAUUGCCAGCACCAGUAACUGUGCAGAAUUCAGAACCAAAGCCCGAACCAGAGACCCCACCACACUCACCAGAAACUGGGCAAGAUUCAGAACCGAAACUGGAACCAGACACAUCACCAGAGUCACCAGAAAAUGGUCCCUGCACCCCCACUCCCAGCACUUGUAGAAGAUUCCGAAACAAAAUCUCAACCAACACCUGCACAUGGAUCAUCUACAUCCCAGAAAAUUUCAGAGCCAUCAUCUGA